CAGAACCUAGAGAGCAUCGAAGAGAAGGUGCUGUAGAGCCCAUGGCGACCGUGGAAGCUAGCGGGAGCGACGGGAAAGGGCAGGGCAGCGAGACCGCUGUAACCUACUAUCGUUUGGAGGAGGUGGCGAAGCGCAACACCGCAAAGGAGAUAUGGCUGGUGAUCCACGGGCGAGUCUACGAUAUCACCCGCUUCCUCAACGAGCAUCCUGGUGGAGAAGAAGUUCUGAUAGAACAAGCUGGUGCAGAUGCAAGUGAAAGCUUUGAAGAUGUAGGUCACUCCUCUGAUGCCAGAGAAAUGCUAAAGCAGUACUACAUUGGUGAUGUCCAUCCGAGUGAUCUUAAACCUCAAAGUGGUAACAAGGAUCCUUUGAAAAGCAGUUCAUGCAAAAGUUGCUGGGCAUAUUGGAUUGUCCCCAUCGUAGGCGCUGUUCUCAUAGGUUUCCUGUAUCGUUACUACAUGGCGGAAAGCAGAUCCUCCUGAGGAGACCUUGUUGAAGUCUGGGCACACAUCUUUUUGGGAGUGAAAAGUAGAGACUUGCUUUGGGGGCUACAGCAGUGCCCCCUCCUCGAAUCCUGCCAACUGUCUUCUUCCCCCUUGGAGCCAAGAUGAUUGAUCAGAUAUCCACCUCUAAUCUGGGAUCAGUGUUCUUCAUCUCCCAGAGCCUUACUCCCAAAACACCUGCUCACCAUUCUUCGUCCUUUCCAGGAUUUCUUCUCUUCACUGGUUUCCACAAGUUUAUGAUAAUGAUUGUGGUUCUUAUGUUGUAGUGACAUUGCUCUUUGGUUAGAAAAAAUGCCUAAUUUCCAAUACUUUGAAUGCACAUUAGACAUUCUUAACAGGGCAGCACUCUGAUUUUGAAACUUUUUCUUUUAAGUAAAUUUUUUUAAAUUCUGGCUUAAUUCUAUUACUUGUCCUAAGUUCAUGAAGUUAAGGUGCAUUCUAAUUACUUAAUACACAGUUGCCAAAUGGUCUUGUUCUUUCUUUAUGUUUAUGUUUGUUAAAACUAAGAGGAAGUAUGUGGUUAUCUCCUCCCUUCCAGGCUAGUGGCACUGGUAGCUCUUUGCACCCCUGAGUCCAGCCAUGUUUCUUCCCAAAGGAGCUGGACAAACCUCUGCUUCCCUUUGAUUUUUUUGUGGGUGGAAGAGCCAAUGGAGGGAGGAAUGAAUUGGCAUGGCAGAACCCUGGCACAUUCAAAAUAGUCUUUCUUUUGAAAAAUACUGAAAAUACUACUUUAAGACAGGAGUUUAGGAAAACCACCAAAGCUUUCUCUUUGGCUUGAUACCUGUUUUCCUGAACUAUCUUUAAUUGAUAAAAUAUAAAUGUAUAAUUAUGUCUAUAGAGCUUUACCAGGGAUUCUUACUAUUUUUUUGUCUAUUGAUAGCAAAUUUUUGAUUCCCCAUUUUACAAAAUAAAGAGUUCAGUUUGAGCUUCUGUUUGCCACAGUAAACCAACUUUCAUAUAAAAUGUCAUUUGAAAGGGGGAGUUCAUAACAUGCUACUAUUUUCCAUUUCAUUUGUAUUUUACCUCCAUGGUUUGAACUUGUGGUUUUGUUUUGCUUUUCCAUUGAUAAUAAAAACAAAACUGGUGGGUUUUUUUUUCCCUUGGAUCUGUAUGCUUUUUUUUCUUGGAAUGUAAAGAAGGUUAUUAUUUAGAAUUAUGUUACUGUUUCUUCUUGGUAAUGGCAUUUCUCUGGCAUAUUUGAUUAUUUCUUUUUCCCACCUGAACAGGUAGUAUACCAGCUGUUUUCUACAGUACUGUUAUUUUUCUCCCCAGGCUUUAAGGAUUACCAGUUAGCUUCUGGGCCAUUGUCAUUUCCAAUCCAACAGAAAACAACUGGGUUCAAGAAGGACCAUAAUUCCUUGCAGUGUCUCCCCCUCCCUUCCAUCCCUGGACAGGACAGGAAACUGCCCAGCAAACCAAGAGGCUGCCCAUGCAAACUAUUUAAGAAAAAGUUCAACCCAGGUCUUGUAGCCUGUGAUUUAAUAGUUGAACAAAUUCAGAAUUCAUCAAAAUAGUAUCAGUAUGUUUGUUGCAUAUAAUUUGGAGUAAUUUCUGUUCUCCUUUUUUUUGGUUGGUGAUACUAGGGUUUGAACUCAUGGCAGGCGCUCUAUUGCUUGAGCCAUGCCCCCAACCCUUGGAGUAAUUUCUGAAUGAAUUUUAUAUAUCAGAGAUUAGGAUUUAGUCAAACUUUUAUCUUUAGAAAAUGUUUAUAAUAUAAGAUAGAUUGAAAAACAUUUGUUAUGUAACAAGUGGCAUGACUUAAUUUGCCUCCAUUUUAAGGCAAGGAAGGGUUGCCUUGAAUAAGGAUUGGAAUGUAAUUGCUGUCACAAUUAAAUUGCAUGGUUGCAUGGAGUACAUUGGGGUAGAGGUAAAGAACAAAGGCGCAUUGAAGAGCUGGAAAGGGAACAUUCAUGCUAAAACUAAGCCAGAAGAUAACUUGGUUCAAUUGUAAAAGUGUGUUGGCAGAGUCUCUACCAUUGAAUGAAAAACAUCUGACUUAGGAGAAAUGUUAAAGAACUAUAUUUUUAAGUAAAGUUGGUGUUUUUGAUAUUUCUGGGGUAAACACCAAUGCAAAAAGUAUGUUUUUCUAUUUCUAAUUGGUUUUCUUUUCCUAUUUAUAUCUGGGUUUGGUUUUUACUGAGAGCCAGAGACAAAGAUUUUCAGACUGUGUCUGCUGUCCAUGAAAUCCAUCCAAUAUCCGGGGCUUCUUUUGAACUAUUGCUGAUGUGAUGUUACUUUGUAUUAAGGAAAGCACUUUCUGGAUCCAUUUACUAUAAUCCUGCUGCCUACAUAAGCAGCCAGGUGAAAGGUAGAUAGAUCUUCAGAGAGAGUUUGCAGGCGUUUUUCUAAACAAUAAAGUAAUACAGCCCAAAAGCCAAAUCCAUCAAAAAGGACUUUUGUUUAAGAAGUAGCUAGAAUUCUUAAAGCAGUCUUGACAUUAGUAAGUCGUGAAAUCCCCUCUGGAGACCCACAGUGGAGCUAGUCCCUGUUGGCUGACCGUGCUCCCUGGUCUCCGGGGUAUUUGUUUGUUGUUUAUUCCUGCAGCACACCAUACUAUACACCUCAUGCUAGUGAAUACAAAAGGGAAGUCUGUGCCCCCAAAAUAGAGGCUCUUAGAGCCAGUUCUCCAAAACUUCCCAGUCCCUGACUUUUAGGAAUUAAUUUUUCAUGUCCAGGUGACUUACUAAUUUGUGAAAAUGAGAAAGCAAUGGGGACAAAGUGUAUAUGGUGUUUAGGUCUCUGUGACUGCUUAAGCAGAGACAGAAAUCCAUCAGAACCUAUCAUUUGAACCUGUUAGGAUUUUUUUUGUCCUAAAUGCUUAUGUUAUAAAAUAAGAACACUGUUGGGUUUAGGCUCAUAGUUCUGAUAUGGAACGAUGAAAAAUGCUUUUAAUUGCCAGAUGUAUUAUUACUUAUGGCAUCUCAUACUUAAAAUCUCAAGCAGUAUCUAUCUGGUUAAAUUCCAUUUUAGGAGACUGAAAUGCAAAACAUUAAUGUUCUUUUCCUCGUACCCUAGGAGAAGUGGAGUCAGACAUGUCUUGUCUCAACAAGAAAUCAAUUUUUUAAACCAUCCUGUUCUGUUGCCAAGUAUCACAAAAGUAAUGGGAAGUUUAGUCACAUUUGGCUGCUGUGCCCUGAAAAAGCCAGCUUUGGAAUUUGUGGGGGUGUUUUUAGAACCUAGAAGGGAGGUUCCAAAGAGGCAGAUUUGUCGAAUCACCUAUCCUAGAUCCAGCAUCUUACUCAUGAGUUUUAGGAGCUGCUCCUUGCCCACACCUGUCUCCUACAUUUGCUAUUCGGGCAAAACAUUAUUUCGGUUAUUUAACAUUCUUUUUACUUCACCUUGGACUGUGAAUAAGUAAUAUUAACAUUCCUUUUGUGUAUUCAGUAAUGGAGUUUGUUUACCUAUUUUAU